AUGGCGUUGUUUCAAAACUUCAAUACCCAUUCCUUGAGAUCAACCAGGGGGUUCAAGCUAAAACAAUCAUCUCCCAUAUCGAGUCCGCAACCAAUCAGCAACUCAACUUUUCCUUAUGAUCUGCCCCAGUUAUCCUCCAACCAGACCCCUCAGCAGCAAUACCAACUCAAUUCAUAUAAGACGGUAUAUACAGAUGCACUGGCGGCAAAUGGACAACCAGUUACGUCACAUAAAGAUAUUCGAAAUUACGCCGAGCAAACUUUGGGGUCAGAUAACGCAUUGAUCCAGGCGGUCAAGCUACCACGCGAUGAAGACUUGAACGAAUGGUUGGCUAUUCACGUUGUCGAUUUUUACAACCAAAUCAAUAUGUUGUACGGUGCCAUAACUGAAUUCUGUUCGCCUUUAACAUGUCCUCGCAUGAUUGCAACUGAAGAAUACGAAUACUUGUGGCAAGACUCCAACCAGACCUCUUCGAAUGAUGGUUCUAGUAUUCCGUCUUCACCCAAAAGACCAGUAUCCCUACCAGCAUGUGAGUAUAUCGAGAAUUUGAUGAAUUGGGUGCAAAACUUUUUCGAUAAUGACAACAUUUUCCCAUCCAAAAUUGGUGCCCCUUUCCCUCAUCAAUUUCCCACAUUGGUUAAAACGAUUUUCAAAAGAUUAUUUAGAAUCUACGCUCAUAUUUACUGUCACCAUUUUCAUGAGGUCACAGAGUUGGGAUUGCAGAGUCAUUUGAAUACAAGCUUGAAGCAUUUCGUAUUGUUUGCUGAUGAGUUUAAACUACUCACAAGAAAAGAUUAUGGGCCUUUGGAAGACUUGGUUGAUACAAUGUUGAAUAGGUGA